AACUACCACAACACCCACCACAACAACAAUGCCAACAACUACCACUGCCACACCCACAACUCUAAUCACAACCCCCAACACCACAACAACUACAACAACCACAACUACCACCACCCAUCUCCCAUUACAACUCCCACUACCACCACAACUACUCCAACUACCACAACACCAACAACUACAACCACAACUCCCACUACCAUAACAACUACUCCAACUCCCAAUACAACCCCCUCUACCACAACAACUGCUCCAACUACAAUGACCACAACUACCACUACAACACCAACAACUCCCACUACCACAACUACUCCCAAAACCACAACUCCCAUUACAACUUUCACAUCCCCCACUACCACAACAACUCCAACUACUACAACCACAACUACCACUACCGCAUCUCCCACUACAACACCCACAACUCCCACUACCACAACCCCCACCACCACAACAACUACAACAACUACAACUACCACUACCGCUACCACAACCCCCACCACCACAACAACUCCAACUACUACAACAACAACUAUAGCAUCUCCCACUACAACACCCACUACCACCACAACUACUCCAACUACCACAACUACAACCACAACUACCACUACCACAACAACUCCUACUACUACAAUGACCACAACUCCCACUACCACAACUCCCCCUGAAACUACCACAACAUCCACCACAACAACAAUGCCAACAACUACCACUGCCACACCCACAACUCCAAUCACAACUCCCACUACCACAACCCCCACCACCACAACAACUCCAACUACUACAACUACAACUAAAGCAUCUCCCACUACAACACCCACAACUCCCAUAACCACCACAACUACUCCAACUACCACAACACCAACAACUACAACCACAACUCCCACUACCAUAACAACUACUCCAACUCCCACUACAACCCCCUCUACAACAACAACUACUCCAACUACAAUGACCACUACAACACCAACAACUCCCACUACCACCACAACUCACAGUACAUCAACUCCCAUUACAACUACCACAACCCCCACCACCACAACAACUCCAACUACUACAACCACGACUACCACUACCGCAGUUGCCACUACAACACCCACAACUCCCAUCACAACUAGUGUAACUACCCCCACUCCAACUCCAACUACUACAACCACAACUCCCAGUACCAUAACAACUACUCCAACUACCACUACAACCCCCACCACCACAACAACUCCAACUACUACAACCACAACUACCACUACCGCAACUCCCACUACCACAACAACUACUACAACCACAGCUACAACUACCACAUCUCCCACUACAACACCCACAACUCCCACUACCACCACAACUACUCCAACUACUACCACCCCAACUCCCACGACCACAACAACUACGCCAACUACAAUGACCACAACUCCCACCACCACAACUCCCACUACUUCCAGCACAACUCCCACUACCACAACUCCCACUACUUCCAGCACAACUCCCACUACCACAGCUCCUACUACUACCAGUCGUGUUCGAGACUACCACAACUACUCCCACUGUCACAACUACUCCAACUCCCACUACAACAACCCCCACCACCACAACAACUCCAACUACUACAACUACCACUUCAGCAUCUCCCACUACAACACCCACGACCACUCCAACUACCACAACACCAACUACUACCACCACAACUUCCAUGACCACAACAACUACUCCAACUACAAUGACCACAACUACCACAACAGCAUCUCUCACUACAACACCCACAACUCCCACUACCACCACAGCAACUACAACUGCUACAACUACAAGUACCACACCCACAGCUCCAAUCACAACUACCACAACCACUACCACAACCACAACUCCCACUACUUCCAGCACAACUCCCACUACCACAGCUCCUACUACUACCAGUCGUGUUCAAGAUACAGGAGUUUCCACCACAACGGCAACUGCUACUAUUACUACUGCUACCUCAGAGACCACAGCAAAAACUACUAA